GAUCAUAAUCAUAGAGAAUGAUUUUAUUCAAUACCUAGUCUUUGUUUUUUGUUAGCCUAUCCUAGGGCCUAGACUAGAUUAGUAGAUCUACAAGUAAAAUAAAAUAUUUUAAAAUAAUAAGAACUUAUGACGUGGAUUGUUUGCUUACUCGAUGUUAUUUUCAAGGCAUUUUUAAAGUAAAGACCGUUUCCGCACAAUGUUGAAAUUUUAAUAACAAGGUGACAAAUGUGACUCCAAUUAUAAUGUCCAAAGGGGGAAGGUUAUCCCGUCUUAUUCCGAAAUUCUUUCGUGGAGAGAGUAAACCUAGUUCCAAGAGUGGAAGCAAUGGCUCGGAUUUUAAAGGCCCUGCAUGCUUAGUCAUAUUUUUGGAUGACUCAGAGCAGAGAGUCCCAUACAAGGGGAGCUGGAAAGGGCAAGCCCUAUUUGAUGCUGUCUGUGAAAUGAUCAACCUCCUAGAGAAGGAUUACUUUGGACUGAGAUAUGUUGAUGACACUGGACAAACACAUUGGCUUGAUCAUGCCAAGUCUGUAUCAUCACAGUUAAAAGGGUGUUCAACCCCUCACAAGUUUUACUUUGGUGUCAAGUUUUAUGCUGCCGACCCUUGUAAAUUACAUGAAGAGAUCACAAGGUAUCUGUUCUUCCUACAAGUCAAACGAGAUAUAUUACAGGGAAGACUUCCUGUUUCAUUUGAGGAAGUUGCUGAGCUUUGUGCUUACGCUGUCCAAUCUGAGUUGGGGGACUUUGAGCCCAGGAUACACACAGUUGGAUAUGUGUCUGAAUUCUGUUUUGUGCCAAACCAAACUGAGGAGUUAGAGGCUAGAAUAGCUGCAGUACACCGCAGAUGUGUGGGAGCAACACCAGUUAUGGCUGAGCAGCGGUACCUUGAGAAAGUAAAAUGGUUAGAAAUGUAUGGUGUAGAUCUACAUCCUGUUCAGGGGGAAAGCAAUGUGGAAUAUUUUCUUGGCUUGACACCCACUGGCAUUGUUGUAUAUAAACAGAAAACAAAAGUCGCCAGUUAUUUUUGGCCCAGGAUAACAAAAUCCAGCAAUAAAGGAAAAAUUUUCACCAUUAAAGUGAAAGACAAAAAUAAUGAAGAGCACGCCUAUGCAUUUGAACUCUCAACCAAGCAAGCAUGCAAGCAUUUGUGGAAAUGUUGUGUUGAGCACCAUAUGUUUUUCAGUGGAAGAUCUGAGCGUCUAGCAGCCAAUGAAUCACGAGCCAGAAAACAACCUAAUGUACAGAGAUCACAGAGCAGACGGCAGCCUAGAAGAGCUAACUCUGACUCCAGGCUUGCUGCUGAACAGCUUUACCAGGACCAGUACACCCAGAACAAUCGCAGUGUUGUGACUGUUAUGGGCCAGCCAGAACCUGUCAGAGCGCCCAGACACAGGUCAUUGCCUGAGUUGCAUGGUAGACAGUCACCAAGAAGUGUUAAAUCCGCACCAUGGGAGUCCAAGUUUGACCGUGGACUGUACACAUCAGGCCAUGACUCACCCUCUGUGUACAGUGAGAGAAAGGAUGGGAAACAUCCCAGCUUCAUCUCUGGCAGUGACAGUGAAAGUGGGAUCAGCCAGCGCAAGAGAUAUUUCCCUAACAGAAAAGGUUCUGAUAACGAAAGUGAUGCAUCUGCCACAAGACGAAGAAGACGUGAACUGGACAGUGACAGUGGAUCUGAGGUUUCCUUCAGCAACUCUGCAGGAAACAGGAAAAAACGCAAUACCCAAAGUGAGAAAGGUGCCAAACAGAGCAAUGGACACCUAUUAUAUCCAUUCCAUGAUAAGGAAAAUGCUCAUGGCUCUGUGCCAUCUCUACAUUCUGCCCCCGCUGGGGAACUGAAGCAGAGACGAAGAAGAAGGAGAAGUAAGUCACCAGGAAACACAAAAAGACCGCCUGAAGAACUAAAGCAACAUAUAGAGUUUGACUUGGUAGACACUGAAGGGAUGACUGUUGACCAGCUGAGAGAUAUCCCCUACACCAAAGUGGAAACGAAGGCAAACUUAUUUAGAGUCAAAUACUCACCAAAGAUUCGACAAAAAAUCUGGGCUUCAAGAACAAAAAGCUUUGGGGAUGCUGACAAAAGUGGCACACAGAAGUCUGGGGCAAGCUCCACAAUCUCCAGACAAGACAGCUAUUACACCGAUCCAUCAGGCAGAUAUGUCUAUGGAAGCAGGAUAUCAGGAAGUUUAAGUCAAGGACGGCUGGCAGGUGGUCAAGAAGUGACCAAGUCUCAGCUGCUGGACCAAAGCUCAGCGCCAUCAGCUCCUGUAAACCCCAGCCUGCGCAGUGAGAAGAACGACGGCUACAGUUCUUCUGCUUCCCGGUCACGCCCUCCUCCUCCCUAUUCAAGCCUGAAGGACACAAUGCGGGGUGGUGGUCAGUCAGAUUACGAGCACUACCAGUCAGAUACCCACCAACAGGACCGCUACCGCCAGGGGCGGUCUAAUCAGAGUAGACUCAGCUAUCACGAGCAGGCUAGUGACUACAACAGCCACGCCGCUGAUGCUAAACGGUACAGCCAGAACGUAACUGAAAGUGAUCGCUAUAGCCAGAACAAUUCCGAGUAUGGGAGGAGCCGGCAGAGAGGGCCGGACUCUAACAGGUACAGCCAGUACCAGUCCGACACUGACAGCAGGUACUCCAGGUCACAGAACCCACCUGCCGGCGCUAGGAGCUAUGAACCAGGAAGUGGCCAGAACACGUCCAGCAGUGCCAGACCAAAUGAUUCGACCCGGGUCAGUUACGGCCGACCUGGCCAACGCCCGGAACAAAACUCUGACGCAGGCAGCUACAGCAGAAACAAUCAAGGUCCAGACAGCUACAACACAUCCGCGAGAAACUCUCAAGGCCCAACCAGCAACUAUGGAACAACCAGCCGAAACUCCCAGGGCCCACCGGACAACUACGGAACAUCCAGCAGAAAUCCCCAGGGCCCAGCUAGCAGUUACAGCCCCUACGCAAGGUCUCAAGCCCCCAGGGGUCAGUCCUAUCCCAUCAAAGACAGCUCCUUCACUGCAGGGUCCAGGGACUCCCAGACUCACACUCCAUCUCCAAGGUACAAUGAGAGUCUGGUGGAUGGGGCGUCUAGUGUCAAUUCAGCCUCACCAAGGGGAAAUAACAAGUCAGCCUUUGACCAAAGGUCAACUCCCCCAAGAGCUAAUGCCCAGUACUACGAGGACAAAGGUUUGCCUCAGGUGUCCUACUCUGGGCAGUCAGGGUCAAGCAGUGGCUACAGUGGCUCUACCAACCGUCAGAGUGGCAGCAGUAAUGUGUCGCCACUGGAACAGCACAGGAUGAGGAACACCCUCAGUGGCUACAGCCCUCAGUAUGUGGACAGGCAGCAAAGCCAGGCUCUCAGACAAGUCCAGGGACCACACUCUACCAAGACAGACCCAGGUAGGCAUGGUUACACCCAACACACAGGCAAUAACUACAGAUCUGAUUUGGUCACCCAACUCUAACGUCUCAAGCUGAAUAGCUUUAGCAUCCACUCCGAGCCAGUUUCUACAUAACAUUUGCCACCACCUACUUAGCCAUGGCAUGUCUGGACAUGAUGCUGCUUGUAUGUUAUCAGCAACUGCAUUUUUUUAUAAAAAAAAAAUUUUGUGGAACUAUGUUUUUUUUGUAUAAAUUCCUCUACAAAAGCAAGCACCGAUUAAAAUUUUUUUACUGUAAAAGUUGUUAAUGGCAUGAUAUAGUUAAGUUAGAAACAUUUAAACUGAGAGCCACUAAUCUAAAUUUAUUAAAGGCAUAGUGAGGUGCUCUUAGGUGAUUAAGCUCUCACCACUUAUGACUAAUCUAUUCUAAAGUUUGUGAAUUUUUCGCACCUCAUUCGUUCUUAUUUAAUGCAGGCAUAUGACUAGUUGAUGACGUUGUAUUCACUUCUCUAACCCAAACCCCGAAUGCUCAAGUACCUGUACUUAUGAUUUCAACAUUAUAUUCUAGCUUGUAUUUUUUUUUACUGAUCUGAUUCUUUAUGAUAUUGUCCAACAGCAUUCACCCCUUAAUAAUGUGAUACAUAACCCUCAACGUUCACUCCUAACCUUAGAAAUGUUCUUUGUCCCACACUUUUAACUUUAGAAGCAUGAUACUUGUACACAUUACUUACUUCAUGAUACAUAUCACAUAUCAUUCAGUACUAUCCUUAGAUAAAAAUAAUUUUUUUUACACAACAUUUUUAACCUUCAAAACAUGGUAUAUGUUUUCCCUGCAUUCAUUCCCUACCUUAAAAACUUGAUAUUUGUACAAUAACAUUCAAACUCUGAGUCUAAACAAACUUUCACCCUGUUAACAACACCAAGUUGAAAUUGUUAUAAAAAAUGAAAUCCAGUGUCACUUGUGGUAGCCUUACACCAUAUCCCAGGGCAUAUUUUGAUAUUAUUAAUUAACUGUCACAUUUUGUAAAUUAAAAUUUAAUUAAUGUUAAAUAAUUUUCCCCUUUUG